UAUCUCCUGAUGCUCGAAGGCCUUUGUGCUCUUUGAUCCCUUACAUCGUAAAUAAGCGAGAUAGUACGACUGUAAGUUGUUCAAUUGUAGCCAAUUUUUUUCAGACUGAUCAUAUAAUCAGCAUGAAUCCGUCGUUUUCAGCGCUAGUGUUAGAAAUCAUCUCCCAAUAUUUGUUAUAUGUCUGAAGUAAUGGCUGUAAUGGUUAAAAUACCAGCGCUUAGAGUACGAAACAAGUAUAUCCAGCAUUUUAUAUUUUGUAUUUAAUUAUCAGUUCUACCCAGUUCAUAUAAUCUCACAUGUCACGUAAUCGCUGAUGAAAAUUCGCUGUAAUUUGUGAUCAUAUUAUUCCCCUUAUUAUUGUACCUGUAUUUGUUAUGAUUACUGGCCUCAAUUGGAGUUGAUUUGUAAACUUACUAAGGUUAAUAUGAACGAUUUUCUAAUUAACAAUUCUAAGUCCAAAUGUUAUGAUCUUAAAGAUUGUAUUUAUCUUGAACUUGAUUAUUUUAUUGGUUCACUAAAUUAGACAUAUAACUGUAGGACAUGAUGAGAAUGUAUUGAUAAAAACUGUAUUUUUAAGGUUUAGAUGAGAAACUUCAUUCAGCUGACAUUUGUCUAUUGUUUAUGUUUAAAUGAUUCUUAAUGUUUCUUAAUUUCAGACAGCCCAAGAUUGGCAUCAUGAUGCAGCCAUUUUGGCUCGCCUCAUUAAAGAUAAUAAAGGAAGUAUUGUCAUUUAUACUGGUGCUGGCAUUAGCACAUCGGCGUGCAUUCCAGAUUAUAGAGGGACAAACGGUUUGUGGACUGUGCAGUCAAAUCUCAAAACUAGCAUGAAUUCAGUGCCAUCUGCGGUCGACUUUGACAAAACUGAUCACAAGAAAUGUACAAAAAUGCUAAAACAACAGGAUAAAAUACUCCAAUGUGCAUCACGUAUUAAGACUUCUAAAACGUCGAAAAAUAUCAACUUAAAGUUACGACUUCCAGAAGCGACUACUGCAAAGCCAACAUUCACUCAUAUGGCCAUCAAAGUUUUAGUAGAUGAAGGUUAUGUUCGACAUGUCGUUUCUCAAAAUGUUGAUGGCUUGCAUGUGCGUAGUGGUCUAAAACGUGAGAAACUUUCAGAGCUACAUGGUAAUUUAUUCAUUGAACAAUGCAUCGCUUGUGAAAAUGCUGUUUUUCGAGUUUUCGACGUCGCUGAAACAACUUCUCGUUCACACCAUUUUACUGGACGCAUUUGUCCUCGGUGUCGUAAUUCACACCCUGUUGAAAGUACAAUAGCUGGUAAUAUACUAAAGAAAACAGCUGAACAGUUGGCAGUAUCUAAAUACAAGACGAAUGUAUCAAACGAAAAUCUAAUGUUAAGUUACCGACAUGCUGCAAAAAAAUUAGUCAGGUCUUUCGAAAGUGUACGUCUUAAAGCGAUGGAACAUUUACGUAAUACUCAAAAUUCUGAGAUUUUAACUGAUUCAGUUCUUAAGAAAGCACCUUUGUUAAGAGAUGUUGUUGUUCAUUUUUUUGAACGACAACCAGAGAUGGGGUUAGUAGAAAUAUAUCGUAUUCAACCAGCGAUCGAAGCUGUGCACGGCCGUAAGGUACUUCAAGAUGCUGUUAAUGCUUCUACGAAAGACCCUAAGCCUUUGGUUCACGGAUGCAAACGUCCUAAUGAAGAGUCGACAAAAUAUCUUAUUGAAUCUUCAUGGUUUAAAAGAAUGCGUCCUGCGAUAAAAAUAGAAUGCCAGGAUUUUCAUAAAGCAUCAGAAGCAGUCGAUGUAAAACCUAUUUAUACGGAUUCUCUAGAUACACCUGCCAAGUUAAUAGUUGUUGUUGGUUCAUCUUUAACUGUUUUGCGUAAUUACUCAUUUUUGUGGCCUCACGGCCUUGGAAGGUGCAGUCAGCCAGGUUCAUUGAGCAAAUCUCAAAAGAAACUAACAGGUGCUAGUUCUAUAUCCAGACGGACUUCAAUUCCUAAUACUCCUGGAGAUUGUCAGUUGGUUAUCGUCAAUUUACAACCCACAUGCAAGGAUGGAGUUGCUGACUUGGUGAUUCGUGUUCCUUGUGAUGAACUAUUCCGCGUUAUCAUGUCAGAUCACUUGAAAAUAGAUGUUCCACAAUAUGAUCACAAGCAUGAUCCUCUUUAUUCAAUUGGUCUCCCUCUAUCUCCAGAAGAAGAAUGCACACGUACUCGUUUGAAUAUCCCAUUCUAUUCUCUAUAAUAUUGUCUCAAGUUUUAUUACUCUUUGGUGUACAGUUUCAUCUGAUUUAGGUGUGGUUGUUGAUUAUUGUUUAAUCCUUUAUGUGUAUAAAAAACAUUUAUCCUUUGUACGCAUAACAAGAACCAGUACCUUUGUAAAUAAUAAGCUACAUUCCCACAAAUAAAAUACCUCAAUAGAAUUUCAUCGUGUCACAGCUUUUUGCCCUCGAAUCGGAAAGUAAUUCGUAAUGUCAGUCAAUCAAUGUCUAGAUACGAAGAAG